AUGGGCUGCACACCUUCUCACAGUGAGACUGCUGCAAGAAGUGGUCUUAAGGCUUUGAAUAAACCCAAAAGUGUUUUGCCGAUUGAUUCAAGAGAUAAAGGAAUCCCUCUGCUGGUUAAAGGUUCAUCUUGCUACAAUAUUGAUGAAUAUGGGGUUCAGGGGAAGGACUACCUGGAAGAAGAGGAGGAGGAUAGACUGUCAGAUCUGGACAAAAAUGAUAAUUUGCAGUUAUCUUCCAAGGCUCAUUCAGAUUCCCAGAUUUCCAGGGAAGAGAAGAAAAUUGAGAGGACGGCCACAGAUGCUGAAGUCGUUAUGUCGGAACUGAUUGAGUCUCAAAAGCACAUCACUGAGUCCAUAGAGAUCAGAAAGCAAACCUCCUGCGAAUCAGAAGCGUCAGCCUUCAUCUGGGAUGACAAGAAUGAAAGCAACGCAAAGCAAAUCCCAAAGAAAGGAAAGAAGAAAAAAACCCAUAAGCUGGCAAAGCAAGGUCAACCCAACAAAAGUAAAGAAAAGUCCAUUCUGGCCCCGUGCGAGACAGAGAAGAAGGUAGACUUCCCAGAACUGCUCGUCAAGGCGCACCAGAGUGCGUACGCCUACCUACAUCCCAACCUCUCCAAGUAUGAAACUAUUCUGCACAUGGCCAGCCAGGCCACCCAAACUCAGCUCUUCCUACAGCAGAUGAUCAGCUUCCUUGUGCUUCGCUUUGAUGAAAUCAACCAGCUCUUGGAAGAAAUUGCCAAUGAUGGGGAAAAUCUUCUCAAAGAUGUAGGUGGGAAUCUGGCAUGGCCAGCAGAAAAGGAUGACUUCAAGGAGCACCCUGAUCUUCUGCAACAGCUACUGCAGUACACGGUCAACAAAAUGCAGCUGGUGAGUGGGAUGCUGGCCUCCCUCACGUCCAACGCCCUGCAGGAGACGUGCAGCUACCUGCAGUCUGCUGCAAGCAACUUGGAAGGCAAACUGAAAGCAAAGCAAAGCUUUGAUGAGCACCUGCUACGGACAGUAAAGCUGCUCGAAGCCUCAACUGUGGGACCCUCUCAGCCCCACAGUGAUGACAGGACUCUGUGUUCUGAGGACAGUGGCAUUGGUGUGGACAAUGAAUCCCUCAAAGAGUUCAGUGCUCUCAGCCAGCAUGGAGGACAGCCAGGUGACUCCUGUGCACAGGGACAUCCAUCCCGAAAGCACGGCAGAACAGCGGAGCGUGUGGAUGGUGGGACAGCCCCUGUGGGCACAGCUGCGUCCCACGGCUGUGCUCUUGACAGGCCCUUUAAAGGUGUGCUUCAUUCACCUGUGCAAAGCAGGGAGGCGACCUCUUGUCAGCAUGGACUAGCAGAAGGCACUUCCACUGUGCCCCAAUAUGCAAGCUUGAACAAAAGCCGUCCCAACAACUCCUUGCAGUCUGAUUCUACUCAGGAAGGUGAACAUUUCAAAAUCUGUGAAUCAACAGAUUUUCUUUCUGAUGAGGAUGAGGAUGAUGAUGAUGAUGAUGAAGAAAGCACACUGGGGGAGGAUGAUGACAACACAAGUUUAUCAGAAAUGGGAAAGGAUGCUCUGCCAAGGUCCCUGUCUUCACCUGCACUCACUGAUAGCAUUCAAAGGCAGUCCAUCAAAAGGACAGAGAAUGCAGAUACAGAAGAAAUCAUUUUGAAGAUGAAAGAUGCCAUCAGUGAAAAAAUCAAGUUUGUCCCAGCUAAAUCAAGGCGUAAAGAAUGGAUAGAGGAUGAGAGCGGAAGGGCAGUCCUAGCAAAAAGGCCCAGUACAGCAACAGGCAGACAGAGAAGGUUUGGGAAACAACGACGGUCCAGGUCAGAGGAGUCCCUCAGAAGCCAGGCAGAGGACCCAACUCUCCUGGAGCUUCAAAGGACUCAAAAGGAGCUCAGCAAAAGGCUGGAAAUGUUGUAUGGAAAGGAUAUAGCUAACAACCUGGAGCUCUGGAAAUCAAGAACAGCACCUUAUUUGCAGGAUGAGCAAAUUUCAUCUAGGUCCUCCCGCAAGCUGAAGUCAGGCCUCUCAAAAAAUUUCAGCAUCCUGCCUAACCAGGAUAAAGUCCCUUUGUUCACAUCUGAUCAAAACCCUGUUCCUCCACUGAAUGAAAAGAGAGCCAGGAAGCCUGUAAGAGCUCCUGUGCCUGCUCAGGAGACAUCAGGAGGCAAAGAAAACGAGCCUCCUGGAGCACAAAUGUUGAGUGGCAGCAGCUGUACCCCCCGGCAGUCUGUCAAAAAACUGAUUGAAACCUUCAGUCCUACUGAUGAUCUUGCAAAAGCCACACCUCUAAGAUCCUUAGGACCAAUAAAGUGCAUCAGAAAAUUUGGACUUCCAGUCAUCCCACCCACCACUCCCUUUCAGAGGGGCCUGGCACCUUUAAAUCUUAAGCAUCGUAUUUCACCAGUAGAAGACACAAAUACCAAUGAUGCUUCUUCUAGCUUUCCAAAUGCCUUUCUUCCUGCACCACCUGCAGAAUCAAGCAAGAAGGACACAAAGGAAGAGACUGAUGAAGACACCGAGAACCUGCCACCUCCACCACCUGAAAUGUUAAUGGACACUUCUUCUGAAAAUUUAUCCGAGCCUGAAGAAACUGCAAGAAUAGAAGGAAACUCUUCAGAAGAUGCCAAAAAGACCACCAAACCAGAAUUGCAUGCUGCUAAGAGAUCACAAGUUUCCCCAAAAAUGAAAGCUUCCAUUCAGUCCAUUGACUUACUGCCAAGUAAAAAUGUCAGCGGCCCCAGUGCAGUGAAUAAUAAAGGUCCAAGGAACACCAGGUCAGGGGAUGAGAAACCGCACAGGUACUCCCUGGAGCUGAACCCGACCAACGUGCGCAUCCCCAGCCAGGAGGAGAUAUUAGCAACCCAGAGGAAAGAGGCCGCGGAUUUGUACAAGCAAACCCAUAAAAUUAUUCCUCUUCAAAAUCCCAGCGGGGUUUCAAACUCACACAGCAACAGCUCAGAGAGCAAGGGGCCCAACCCACCUGCGCCUUCAGUGCCGAGCCAGAAGCACGGCUCUCCCGAUCCACUCCGGAGCAAUGAGAAAGGCUCACUGUUCGCCAGGAGGGUCUCCCCAACGAGAACUCCUCCUUCUUCACCAACUGAGAAAUGGCUGUUCAGCCCCCCCGCGCAUCACAGGCAUUCCCUGCAGGCUUUUAGCAGCACGCAACCGAGCUCACCCGUGAUGCAGAGGAAACCCAGUCCCCCCUCUAGCCCCAGGAUGCCCAGCCCACCUUUGCAGAAGAAGCUGCCCUCUCCGCCACCACAGCGAAAACCGCUCAGCCCUCCUGUGGGGCACAAGCAAAGCUCAGCAGCAGCCCCGCGGCUGGCAGGCUCCCCCGCUCCAUUCCCCACCACCCCCUCCCCACCAGCCUCCCCAUCUCGCUCCUACAAGGGGCCAAGAGCUGGGCUGGACGCUGGGGACGAGCACCAGCUCUCCUCCUCCAAGAGGGUCAGCAAUGUCCGCUCCAUAUUUUGCCCUGCCACCUCUUCCUUAUUCGAAGCCAGACCUCCAGUGGUACCCAGCAAAUGGCCUGCCGAGGUGACCAGCCAGCCUGAAGCUGCAUCCCAUUCCCAAAGGAGCAGCCUGCUGUUCCGGCAGCCCAGAGACCGGACCAGGAAGCUGUCCCUGAGCAGCACCAAUCCUCAGCCGUUCGUAAGGAGAAGUUUCUCUGACCGCCGACCAGGGGUCCAGCCUCAUCUCCCAGCUCCUCUAGCUGCUGGCAGUGAACCCGCACUUAACCAAGCAAGCUUGGAGAAGAGCCCUAGGAAAGCAGGUGACUCUUGGAACAGCUCUGGUGUUCCUGAAGCCAAAGAAUCCCACAGAUCUGCUUCCCACCCCGAGCUGUUUGUCGUGGGCCAGGGGCUGCAGAGGGACUGACAGCAGAAGCACCCCAGAGGCAGAGGCACGAGCAAGGCCAGAGGCCCUGGAGGGACGAAACACCCUCACCCAAGCCUCCAAAACGCAGCUUCAUCUUCUCUUGCAAGGAAACUAUCUGAUGGGAUUGCAUCAAAAACCUCAAACUGGGCUCAACACUCUACUGAAAUACCAGCCGGCUGCUUCUCCUUACAUCCGUGGUUUUGCUCAGAGAUCUAUAUGGAGCAAAAGAAACACUUUGUAGGUAGGUGAGUCUGAGGCAAAUUUGGCUGAGGAAGACAGGACCUACGGCCAAGACUUUUUUCCGCAGUUUAGAGAAAAGAGUUAAAAAAACUAAUACAAAUUAUCAUUGUUCAGCAUGUUAUUUAUUCGGUAGGCAUCACUGUCUGUGUAAAAAGAGCUGCUUUUCCAGGAGGGAGAUAAAACCCUGAACCAAUUGAGUGUUCCUGCAUCCAUGGCUUCAAUAAAUUCCACAUUUUUUACCCUAGGAGUUUUUCAACAUGCAGGGAGAGAAUAAUGUCAUAUACAAGUUAAAACAAAGCAACCCCAUUUAAGGGAAAAAAAUUAGGGAUCUUACUCCCUCAAAAAAGCCUUUGAUCCUCUAAAUCACCUUUGAUUACCAGAUAAUCUUAUCACCUCUAGUUUCCAGGGGACAAGGCUUAAUCCUGAUUAGAGUAGUUUUGCAAUAGCCUGAUCAAACAACAUUAUAAAUCAUGAGGCAUCUAAGGACACAUUUUGAGGUUUUGUUGGGGUUUGUUUUUCUUUUUUUUUUUUUUUUGUAAAAGAAAAAGAUGCCACCAUGGAGAGUCCUGUUCUCCCUGAAGAAGGGGUUUUUUUUUUCUGAUUUAUGCAGUUUGAGGGUAUCUAUUAUAAUUUCAGUGAAUAGUUUAGACAGAUUCUUGUUAAUAAAAACACAAGUUACUCACAGUCAAUUAAUCCUAAGCUUUUACAGCGUUCACUGAAAUACCGUCUCAAAAAUUACUAGAUCUUCCUUACCUACCUAACACAUCAUCAUGGUUAAUAUGCAACUUUUAAUUUAAUAAUAAACUUCUAAUGUAGUUUUAGGUUCAUUUGACAUGUUUUCAUCUACAACUUUAGUACAGAGUAAGAUCUGCUAAAAAAAUAAAAAAAGACAUUUGUAUCAUAAUUUGUUAGGAAUAGUUUCAGUUUUUCCUAUAGUUUUCAUCAAGGUGGUGUCUGGGAACUUUACCUCACACAGCAUUUUUACUCCUCCUGCCCACCUUCAUGAUGGGGGAAUGGAGCUUCACUUUCUCCAGGGUUACUCUCUGGAUCCUGAGCUCCGGAGUUUUAGUCCCGUGCCUUAACCACAAGCAUCUUUCACUAAGUACAGUGCCAUUUUGCAGAAUAUACACAAGGAAACCUUAAUUUUUAUGUUUAAAGUAGGGGUUUGAAUAUAGAGAAGCAACUCGCAGUGAACAGAUAAUUUGGAUGGUCAGGGGUUUAUGAGCUUAAAGAGGCCAAGCAGCCAUACCCAUACAGACAUCAACCAAUCCACUGUGUGAUCACACAGGCAGAUGCACCAUCCCCUGACAAGCUGGAAAACCAGCAGGGAGAUACUGCAAAGCUGCAAAGCUGCAAAGCAGUGUAAACUCUGCAAGUUAGUCCUCCCCCUCCUUAGAAGUGCAGUUCUCUCCCUUCUGGGUAAGAAUACAAAUGUUUUUUUGCAUACAUUUUGGGUUGGUUUGUUCUGCUGGCAGUAACCCCCCCAAGAACAGAAGCAAAUCAGAAACAUGACAGCAGGAAACUGGCACUUUGCAUGCCUAAAUGCAGCUUUGCAGAGGAAAACAGAGCAGAGUGGAGGAACAUCUCCUCAGCUACUACAAUCAGUUCAUCUCCUCAUGCUGAAACUUCCCAGCACCCCGAGGGGAAUAAGAGAAAGAUUUCUUUAUAUCCUUCAAGCAGAAGAUUCUGCUACAGCAGCACAUGGGGCAACACUUCAGCAGUCAAGCUGGAAACCUCCUCCCACAUGUGCUCUCUGGACAUGGAGUCAGCCAAAGCAUCUUUGUCCAAGACCAGGCUCCCCCUUGAAGAUGUGUGCAUGAGCUGGCAUCCUAGCACUUCAUCCCUCCCGGCUCUGACUGAGACUGUGGUCAUCAGGAGGCUCCUUGCAAACACAGUCCCACCCAAAGACUGUAGCUGCUGCAGGAUUCUGAUGCUGCCCAAAGGAUGCUGCAGCAAACUGCUCAUUGUACGCAAGACACAGCUUCUGGGGGAGUGAUCUGCAAAUUUGUAACGUGAACUCAUGAUUACCUGUAGUUAAGAGAUUCUCUUUAGUCCAGUAAUGUACACGACUCUUGCAAAAAAAAUGUGUUUACCUUCAUUUUGUAUUGCAAGCAUGAAAUUUAGAUUAACUGUAGUAUGGAGGAAAUGAUAGU